AUGGGAAAUUCUGUGACAAGUGUGAAAAUUCUUACUACAGUGACAAGUGUGAAAAUUCAUACUCCUGUGACAAAUUCAACUGAAUUUGACUACAGGCAACCCCCUUUUACCUCUAGGUCAGCAAAAUGGGAAGCCAAAGAUCCCUCCCAGAUGUGGGAAGCCAAUAAUUCUGGUCCAUUUCCUCCAUCCUAUAGUGGCAAUGAAGGACAGGAACUCUUGGUGCUGGCAGGAUAUAGUGAGAACAUUUUCAAUGAUGGAGUGAUAAGUUUCUUUGGGGACUUGGGGGGCAUUUUGUUCAUUGUGACUAAUUAUAUUGUCAUGGAGGUGCCACUGGCCAGCAGCCUAAAGGGGGAAACAGAGGGAAACAGGGUUCAGGUGCAAAAAUCUAACUGGAGUGCUGGGACCCCAGUCAGUGUGGGUGGUGGCAGACUGAAGAUGGAGAACUCCUGCCUCUCGUCCUGUCUUCUCACCCUCCUCCUCCUCCUCUGGCUGCCCACUCUGGAUUCUGCUCACUUUGAUGUGGUGGGACCGUCGGAGCCCAUCCUAGCCCUAGUGGGCAAAGAUGUCGAGCUGCCUUGUCACCUGUCUCCCAACGUGAGCGCCGAAAACAUGGAAGUGCGCUGGUUCAGGAAGAAGGUGUCAGAGGCUGUGCUGGUCCAUCGGGAUGGGAAAGUGCAGGAGGCAGAGCAGAUGGCCGAGUAUCAUGGCAGAGCCACGAUGGUGAAGAAAGAUAUCAGCCUGGGCCAGGUGGCUGUCAGGAUCCACGGGAUCAAAGUGCAGGAUGAUGGGGAGUACCGUUGCUUCUUUCGGGAGCAGGAGAACUUCGAGGAGGCGGUGGUGCACCUGCAGGUGGCUGCUCUGGGUUCCGAUCCUCAUGUCCACAUGGAAGUUCAAGAGAGUGGAGAGGUCCUGCUGAAAUGUACCUCAAAAGGCUGGUACCCAGAACCCCAGGUGCAGUGGAGAACUUCUGAGGGAGAGAAGUUGCCAUCCACGUCAGAAUCCAGGACUCCUGAUGAAGAUGGUCUAUUCUCUGUAGCUGCUUCAAUCACCCUCAGGAACUCCGUUCCAGGAAAUGUGUCCUGCGGCAUUCAGAACCUGCUUCUGGGUCAGAGAAAGGAAGUUGAGAUCUCUGUACCAGCUUCCAUCUUCCCGAGACUCACUCCCUGGAUGAUCAUUGUGAUCGUUGUCGUGGUGGUCCUUGGACUUCUUUCUAUUGCCUCCGUAUUUUUCACUUGGAGACUCUACAAGGAAAGAUCCCGAGAAAGGGAGGAAAAAUACAGCUCUAAAGAGAAACUCCUGGAAGACCUCAAAUGGAAAAAGGCUGCACUGCAUGCAGUUGAUGUGACUCUAGAUCCAGACACAGCCCACCCUCACCUCUUUCUGUAUGAAGAUUCCAAAUCUGUCCGGCUGGAAGAUUCACGACAGAAAAUCCUCGAGAAAGCAGAAAGAUUUGACACCUGGCCUUGCGUGUUGGGCCGGGAGACCUUCACCUCAGGGAAACAUUACUGGGAGGUGGAAGUGGGAGACAGGACUGACUGGGCCAUCGGGGUGUGUAAGGAGAAUGUGGUGAAGAAAGGUUUUGAUCCCAUGACACCCGAAAAUGGCUUCUGGGCUGUGGAGUUGUAUGGAAAUGGAUACUGGGCCCUCACCCCACUCAGGACCCCUCUGCCCUUGGCAGGACCCCCCCGGCGGGUUGGCAUUUUCCUGGACUAUGAGUCUGGAGACGUCUCUUUCUACAAUAUGACAGACGGGUCUCUGAUCUAUUCCUUCCCCAAGGCCUCUUUCUCGGGUCCCCUGAGGCCCUUCUUUUGCUUGUGGACCUGUGGGAAAAAGCCCUUGUCCAUCUGCCCCAUCUCAAACGGGCCUGAGGGAGUGACCGUGAUUACUAAUGCCAACAACCUGUCUAAGGAGAUCCCACUGACCCCCAUGGGGGAGGAUUCUGCCUCUGGGGAUACAGACACCCCUCAUUCUAAACUAAUUCCCACCCAGUCCAACCAAGGGGCAUCAUAA